AGGAUCUUAUGGAGGCCAAGGCUGCUGCUGUGACCAGCUCUCAGAAGCCAGGAGAGGGUCUGUUGGCUGCGGCAGGAGCCCCUGAUGGUGUGUGUAAGGAUAGAAGUGAGGAACAGCCAGGUCAGGAGAGUAGGGACUUGGACCAUGAAGACUGGGAAGUUGUUUCUGAGCAUCUGGCUUGGGGGGAGGCUGGCAAGAAUGGCAGAAUGGAAGAAGCAGGCAGCAAGGAAUGGGAACAAGGAGACUGCCCUGAUGGGGAUUUGAAAGCCAAGCGAGUUGCAGCUGUGCCCCCCAUGUUUCAAAACAUCCAUGUGACUUUCCGUGUGCACUACAUCACUCACUCGGCUGCUCAGCUCGUUGGUGUUACUGGGGACCAUGAGUGUCUUGGCCAGUGGCACAGCUAUGUUCCCCUCAAGCAUGACAAGGAUGGCUUCUGGUCUGAAUCCGUCAGUCUGCCAGUAGACACCAGAGUUGAGUGGAAAUUUAUCUUGGUGGAGAAUGGGAAGGUGAGACGCUGGGAAGAAUGCGGUAACAGAACCCUAAUGACUGAACAUGAGGAUAGAGUUGUUCAUCAGUGGUGGGGACACCAUUAA